AUGACAUCGAUAGCUAAACGCCCUGUGGAUCUCUUCUACGCCGUAUUUCUCGCCAUCCACCUCCCAAUGACACUCGCUGUCGAUCUUCAGUCACUCUACCCGCAACAUCUCAUCCCAGAACCGCUGAAGGAGCUCCUCCGCUUCUGGAUUUCCAUCUCCAACGACCCUAUUCUCCAAGGCGGUGGCAGUGGCAGUCCCCUCUGGGCGUGGGCGCGUUCCUUCUUAGCUUUGGAGGCUGUAGGCCAGAUUCCCAUUUUUAUUUUCGGCGCGUAUGGGCUAUAUAAGGGCUCUAGAAGCGUUCAAGUUCCCCUUCUAGUCUACGGCGUUUCCGCAGCUACCACCACUUUCGCCUGCUUGGCUACUGUGCUCGCUCUCCCCGUGCACGCUCCUCCUUUCCCUCCACCACUCACCGGCGCUUUGGCUCUGUCGCCGGAGCAGCGCACUAUCCUCCUCGGCGCAUACACCCCCUACCUCAUCAUCCCCCUCUUGAUAGCCUGCGAUAUGGCUGGCAGACUUUCGCGCAGAGGUUAUCUGCACGAGAAGAUGCUUUGA